AUGACAUCCACCGAGGUGGAGGCCCUGCUGCGCGAGCGCGAUCGCCAGGCCCGGCAGCUGAAUGUCCUGCGGUCGCACAUCCUCGAGCGCGAGGAGGCCACCACGCGCGAGCUGGUGGCCCUGCGGGACGAGGUCGCCCGGCUGCAGGCGGACAAUGACCGCCUGGCGGCCGAUGCGGCGUCCAGCUCCAUCAAGCUGUCGCUGACGGCCAGCCCGCCAGGCAGCCCGGGGCUGGCCGGGACCGGGGCCAGCGGCGGGUCGGCCUCCGGGCAGCCGGCGUCGCCGGUGGCCCCGGAGGGCCCGGCCCUCGAUCUCAUGUACGAGCUGGUGCCCUUCGAUCGGUCGCACGGCGGGCACCUGGCCGGGUGGUUCGCGGCCGGCAUGCCGGCCGGGCCGCUGGCCGCGCUGCACUCGACCCCGCUCGGGCGCAGCCUGCACCGGUGGAUGGCCGAUGCCCUGGCCAAGUCCGACAUCCUGACCCGCCAGGUGGAAACCCUGCUGGGCGAGUCCCAGCGACAGAUGCUGGCGGCCGAGGCGGCCCGCAAGGACCUGGUGGCCCGGCACCAGGCCCUGCUCCAUGAGCAGUCCCUGACCCAGGACAACAUCCAGGCGGCCAUGGAAGCGCGCGAGGCCGAGCGUGCCAUCGAAAUCGAGCGCCUGGAGGGGCGCCUGGCGGACAUGCAGUUGGUGUUGUCCAAGCGCAACCACGACCUUUCGGAGAAGGACGACCUGAUUUCCGAGCUGCAGCACCGGCUGGACCGGCUGGAGGCCGAUGCGGCGGCUCUCGCCCCGGCGGCCGGGGACCCGGAGCCGGGCCCCGGGCCCGGCGUCACGCCGCCCCCGGCCGUCGACAUGCUGUCGCACUCCUUCCUGCGGCGGCUGUACCCGGAUGCGGCCGAGCGUGGCCUCCAGGACCGGCUCCUGGUCCUGCGCGACUUGGUCAUCGAAUACCUCCUGCUCACCGGCCAGGACUUCUUCCCGCGAUAUGGCACAGCCGGGGGAGUCCUGCCGUUGAGCCCGGCCGACCCGACGGCCGUCAGUCUGGACCACCUGCGCCUGGACCAUCUCUCGGAGGAGGAGCGCCUGCGCCGGGGCCGGCACCGGAUGCGCGCCAUCGCCGACCAGCUGGACCUCUCGGCCACCGAGCGCGAGUUGCUCUUCCUCCGGGCACCGCCGGGUGGCCCUGCGCCGGCCCAGUGCCGCACGGCCCUGGCCCUGGUGGCCGGCAUGGAGCACACGUGCGAGGCGCCCGAGGCCGGCGCCGGUAGCAGCCCACCCCCGGGGGCCGGCUGCGUGCGGUGCCAUUUUGCCGCGCACCCGGACCUGUAUGCGGCCUCCUGUGUGGACCCCCAGUGCCCGGCAUGCUACCCGGCCGGGGAUGUGGGGGCCCUGCGGCCGGCCCCACGGCCGGCCGGGCCGGGCACCGACGCCGGGACCCGGCCAGGGCCCGACCGGGCGCCAGGCGUCGCGGCCGAUCGGCCCCUCGGCGGCCGAGCCCCCUCCGGCGCCGGGCCGUCGGCUGCCGACCCCGGGCUCGCCGGGGCCGGAGCCGCCACCGGCGGGCGCUUUGGCUUCCUCCGGCGGUGGCUCCCCUGGUCGUCGGGGCCGGCCGCCGGGGACGCCGCCCCGCGCGAACCCUCCAUGGCCGAGCAGUGGGUGCACUUCCUGCUGCAGGAGGUGGAGAAGACCGAGCUCCAGCAGGCCGGGACGCCGGCCGGGCCCGGGCCCGCCGACGGCGGGACGCCCCCGAAGCCCGCCAUCCCGCCGGCGUGAAAGGCCGGCCCCGGGCGCGGUCGUACUUGCGCGCGCACACGCGCGUCGCGCCGCGCGCCCUGGGGAGAAAAAUAAACCCGCUUGCAGGAGGAUGGCUUGUGCCGCGCCAGGUGCCAACGGAUCGCCUCCCGGG